CAUGACGGCAAAGAUUAGACAGAAAGGUAAAGCGAAACAGGCUGACAAGCAGACCAAAAAGAUUGACUUAAAUCGUCCACCAAAAGCCCAGCACUUGGACUGUAUGCAUCGACUCAACUUUUUAUAUCAGGCUGCACACUUGUAUACUUCUCAGCAACGCACACCCAUUGCAUCUCCAUAUACGCCUAGCAUUGCUGGCAUUGGCCGUAUGUUUGGACAUCAAAUGAAACAUGUCGCCAAGAAACUUGUUGUUCGACUUGAUCCACACGUUAAACGGACAAUCUGCAAAAAAUGCCAUGGUGCAUUAGUGCCAGGAAUCUCUUCAACAGUGCGACUAGAUGAUACCUCUGCAAAGAAAGUGGACAUUACUUGUUUGUAUUGUGAGAAUGUUCGUACUCUGGGAAUCAAUACCAAUUAUACGCUAUUUAAUGAUAAAAACGAGUGGGUUGAUGACACGUUAGAAGUUGCAUUAUAGUCUACUCAAUCUCGGAACAAGAUUUUGGAUUUAAAAUAUACGUUCGCGCUCUAGUUCAACAUAUCUCAAUAACGCAACAGUUGUUUUUAUGUUGGUCACCCAAUGCUUACUUCAAAUGUUCGUUUUGAACAAAAGGAAAGUUGGAGGUUGAAAAGAUGUGGAAUGUAUUGAAACAGGAAUGUGAUCACUCACUGUAUUUUUGUACAAGAAUAAACACAAAAACCAGUCAACUAACGAGUUCAAAAG